AUGCACAUCCCCUUCCCCUCUAUCAAAGACCGCCCGCCCUCUCCCCAGCUGCCACACCCCCCAGCUGGCCCGAGACCGCAUCCCUUUCUCCUCGAGCCCACAGUCUACGUCAACUCGUACCCCGCAGACCUCCCCGACAGCGUCAUCUUUGAAUGCCUUGGCAGAUGUCCAGUCAAAAUCGAUCUCCCUCCCGCCGUGCCCCUCACCCACAGGCUCAUGCCGGACGCCUACUAUGACUGGAUGACCCGCUCCGGAACGCUGCAGUUUGAAACUCUUGCAGAUGCCGAGAAAGCGCUUGCGAUAUUACAUCUUCACCCAUUUCUCGUCCACCGCGGCGUCUGGGUAUCACCUCUCCCUCCCGCUCAACGCCUUCCGAUCUCGCCCACUCCUGCAGCACGCAUCUUCAGGCCAUCCCAGCGCAUGACCGAUGCACUUUCCGAUGACACCAUCCCAACCCUUGCCGACAUCUACGACGCUCUCCGCCCAUGGGGCUCGCUCAAAGCCGUAUCCAUCUGGAUUACAGAUACGGAGUCGUCUGAUGCCGCAAGCUGGUUCGCCAAGGCGGAAUUCUGGUAUUACAACGAGGCAGAAGUCUUUGAGCGCGAUUUCGGUCGAAAGGGAUGGCAGAUCAAGGGCUGGCAAAUGUAUAUAUUUACCCCCGGCGAGCCUUAUCAAGAACCCAGCUCUUUCCCCUCCAUGCUGCCCUCGCCCCCCACAGAGCUCUUGUCCUCCUUCCCUCUAUCACCCCAGUCUUACCAUCCCGGCCCGCUGCCUCCAGCGUCGUCUCAUCAUUCAUCUGUGGCCCCAGUCCAAGUCCCGCCCCCGCUCCCGGCUUACUUCAUGCCCCCAACUCCACCAGGCGGCCCGGCUCACCUGCCCGAUCCCACACCGCCUUGGGCAUCCCACAACCCUUACGCCUACAGACCUUCUCCGCCAAUCACGCCAAACAGCAAAUCAUCUGCCAUGUCGAGGAGUGCAAGUCUCGGUAGCCCGAGUGGUCCGAAAUCGAGGCGGUGGAGUUUGACGGUGGGAGAGACGGCGGAUGGAAGUGUCCAGCCCACCGGGUUGAUUUCGGAUGACGGGACGUUCAUUCAACAUGGCAAGUAUUAUUCUUGUCCCGGCCAGCAUAUACGCCCAGCGCCGGCCUUUGGACCCGGAUCGCAGAGUGCAUCGGGCUUGGUCGAUUAUAGCAACGUGUUUAUCAAAAAUAUCGAUGCUGACGUCAACUCGUACUUUUUGAAUAAAGUCUUUAGCGAGUUUGGGGUGGUGGUCAGUGCCAAGAUCAUGAGGGACGAGGCUCAGAGAAGCAGGGGGUAUGGAUUCGUGAGCUUUGAAAGCCCCGAGCAAGGCAACGCGAUGAACAACAAACCUUUCGGCAGGCAGACGCUUUGCGUGACACUACACGAGCCAAGGAAAUUACGACCCGACAAAAUUGCCGAGCGAGCAGCUCUCGGGCAGUCAACUCGGUCAUUCUCAAACCCUACUACAGCUCCCUCUAGCGUCUCGCCCACCCGUGCAGGCGAACGCCGAUCAAGUUUCACUUCCCACCUCAUCCAAUCUACGUCUUCCCCUCCCCCGGGUGCAUACCCAGAACCGACAGAUGACAUCCGCCUGCUCUCCCCUGCCGACCGCGCGACGGCCCUUCACCGCCGUCUCUCUGCCCGCAUCCGGCAAUACACCAAGAAAUGUCAAGUCGAAAGCAAGUGGGUGGAAAGCGUGGUGGAGAGGUUGAUGCCGAUGGAUUUGGCGCUGGUGCCGUUGUUGUAUAACCGGUGGGAGAUGGAUGAAAAGAUUAAAGAGGCGCUUGCCGCUGUGCAGGAGGAAGCGGGCAGCGAACGGGACGAGGGAGAACGCCCGACGGAGAAGGAUGUGGUCAAGCUCAGAGAAGAGCUUGGCAUGAUUGAUCCGGAGCAUGCAGAGGAGCUGGCCAAGAUCAUCUUGGAGAAGGAGAUGGUAACAAAGGACGAAUGGGAGAAGGGGUGGGUGGAGAGCAAGGCGGGGGUGGCCAUCAAGUAUGGAGAGGCAAAACGGUUUUUGGUGACAGAGCGGGAAACAGAGAUUCUUGAGGAGCAUGUAGAGGAAGAUGGGGAGAAGAAAGUGGAACCCGAGCCUAUGCCGCUUGAACAGCUCACCAUUGACGAGCUCGCCCGCCUCCCUUGCUCCCAAAUAUCGGCCUACCUCGCAUCUCCUCCACACCUCGCACAUCUCUCCCUCUCCCCUCCUUCAUCCGAACAAGAAACCUCCCUCCGCGCUUGGUAUGCCAAGGUAGCCCAGCGCGGCAGAUUCGCAGCGCGGGGUGAAGUGGUAGGAUACUUGAGCAGGCAGUGCGUCUACGGGCAGGUGCCGGGACUUGUGGGGAGCAAGAGCCAGAAGCUGAAGAUGCUGGGAGAGCUUGCGAAUGCAGAGGCGGAUGAUGAGGGGCUGGUCAAGCUGACAUUGUACCCCGCCGUACUUUUCGCCAAACUCGGGACCUUUAUCAAGGCUCGGUCUGCCGUGGCCUCUCCGACAUUAAUGACCAUACACGACGAUUGA